AUCUAGGCCUUGUGCAGUUGAAGUGAAAGGAGGAAAUAAGGCGAGGUCAAGACGAUGCGGAGAUAAGAAGAAGCAGCCUGGGUCCAAUUGAUAGCGGCUGUCUCUAAGAUGAAAGGAAUUCCUGCACCUCCCACUCCACAAACGGAGUUCACCAAGGUGGCCUUCUUACCACCGUAUAAAGACAUGUGACAUUUCAUCUUGAGAGCUUACUCGAACGGACACAGGGUUCUGAAGAGCACAGGAAGAUGUGUUGCUGAAGAAAACCAAAGAAAAGAUGACUUACUUUGACUGCAUAGACCGACUCCUGGUGAGCUUUUUCUAUCGCUAUGGAAAGCUCAUUGCUCGGAAACCACUCCCUUUUCUGCUCGUGUCUCUGGUUGCGGCCAUUGGACUAAGCAUCGGAGUCAUCUAUAUUCAGUUGGAGACGGAUACUGUUGAUCUGUUUACACCUGACAAAAGCCAAGCAAGGGAUGAUGGGGACAUUAUGUAUGAGAAAUUUCCAGUGCAUUACAACGAUUAUAGUCCUUCACGGGGCAAGGGUAUCACAGAUCAGGGUGCGAACGCUAUUGCAAUACCAAAAGAUGGCAAUAAUGUCCUGAGGGAGGAUGUCAUCAGUGAAAUACUGCGCUUUAAUCACGGAGUGCUGAACAUCACGGUCCAGAACUCUAGUGGGAUCGCCAACAAUUAUUUAUCUUUAUGUGCAAUGUCGCACGGUGCUUGUCUGACGCAGCCUGUCCUGCAAGCGUAUUCCUACAAUGCAAGUCGUGUCAAAGACAUCAACCUUACCCAUCCGUUCUACCAUCCUUCCAAAACUAGUGCAAUCUUUGUUGCCGCUUCUCUAGGAGAUGUAGCGGUGGAUGAAACCUCGACAAUCUUAACAGCUGGUCUCUUCUCCCUGAACUAUUAUCUGAAGUCCAUUCCAGAGUUGGAAACCAUGAACAGGGAAUGGGAGGAAGAAUUUCUGCGCUAUGCGAGAGAUUUUGAAUCGGACGUGAUCUCGAUGUCUUUCAUCGUCUCUCACUCUCUUACAAAGGAGAUCACAAGUUUGACAAUCACCAUCCUACCGUACCUGAUCGUUGCUAUUGUGCUUCUGUCAUGUUUCGCCGUUGCUUCUUGUAUGGUGGCUGACUGGGUGCUGAGUAAGACGAGCCUCGCGAUGCUAGGGUUAGUCUCCGCUUCCCUGGCGAUUGGUGCUUCAACUGGUCUCCUGUGCUUCAUCGGUGUUCCCUUUAAUAUUGUCGCUGCGUCCAUGCCAUUUCUUAUCAUAGGCAUUGGGAUUGAUGAUAUGUUCAUCAUGAUUGCUGCCUGGCGGAAAACGAACCCUCGGGAUUCGGUGGAAGAGCGCAUGGGUCACACCUAUUCAGAAGCUGCAGUGUCCAUCACCAUAACCAGCAUUACCGAUGCCCUUGCCUUCGGGAUAGGGGCCAUCUCGCCAUUACCGGCUGUCCGAGUCUUUUGCCUUUAUACAGGAGUAGCUGUCAUCUUCGACUACCUCUUUCAAAUCACUUUCUUUGGCGCUUGCAUGGUGUACAGUGGCAGGAGGGAAGCAGCCAACAGACACUGCAUCACUCUGGUAAAAGUAGUCCCACGCCAAGAAGCCAAGUCCAAGUUCUACAAGCUGUUUUGCGCCGGUGGGUCUUCAUCGAAGGAUCCCGAUAGUUUGAAGAGUUCAUGUGAGACGGCCCUGAUGACUUUCUUCAGAGAUCACUAUGGUCCGGUGCUGAUGGUUCCUGCGGUGAAGGUCUUUGCCCUUCUCUUGUUCCUAGCAUACAUUGGCAGUGCAGUCUACGGCUUGUUCCAAGUUACUGAAGGCUUGGAAAUGAAAACACUGGCAGGAGAUGGCUCUACCACUCAUAAUUUCUUUGACUAUCAAACCAAGUAUUUCUCAGACUAUGGACCCCCGGUGUCUGUAGCCAUACAUGACAGAUUAGAUUACAGUGACCCAUCGGUCCAAGAAACUUUAGAAAGGGUAGUCUCUGAUUUGGAAAGCAGUGAAUACAUCCAUUCAUCAAACUUCACAGAAUUUUGGCUGAGAGACUACUUCAGAUUCCUGGACAUCUUACGCAUUCCAGAAGAUAGAAGAGCAAAUGAAUUUAUGACAAUCCUGGUUGAACAAUUCUUAAAAGUUCCCUCUUUUUCAAGAUAUGCCGAAGACAUCAUUUUCAGGGAUGGCCCAAACGGAACAGAAAUUGAAGAAUCUCGCUUUAUUAUUUUAGGAGAUAGUUUGAAAACAACAUCCCAACAAAUGAAAAUGAUGGCCGAUGUGCGAGAGAGGGCUGAAAAGGCAGAUUUGAAUAUGACUGCAUUUUCUCCUUUGUUCAUCAUCUAUGAGCAGUUCGUAGUGGUACUUCCCCUGACUCUUCAGAACAUAUUAAUAGCUGUAGGCUGCAUGUUUGUCAUUGCUCUCCUCCUCAUCCCGCAUCCGUUCUGUGCCGUCAUGGUAACGGCCUGCAUCGUCUCCAUCCAGAUCGGCAUUAUUGGUUACAUGUCCUUGUGGGAUGUACGACUCGACGGCAUCUCCAUGAUCAACAUCAUCCUCUGCAUCGGAUUCAGCGUUGACUUCUCCGCCCACAUCACCUAUGCUUUUCUGUCGUCCAACCAAGCCUUGGAAACAAUAGACCACCAGCACCACCACCGGAAGCUCUCCGUCGCUGAGCGCAAGGCUGUGAUGGCGCUCUACUCCCUAGGGAUGCCCAUCCUCCAGGGCGCGCUGUCCACCAUCCUAGCCAACGUGGUGCUCGUGUUCUCUCCAAGCUACAUCUUCAGAACGUUCUUCAAGAUCAUGUUCAUGGUGAUGGUCCUUGGUAUGGUACACAGCCUCAUCUUCCUGCCUGUCCUGCUGUCGACCUUCGGUGGGUGCUUCAAAAUGACCUCCAGCACACCGGCCUCGCCUCCUGUAUGCAAGAUGAGCAAGAAGGCAGAUAGCGUCAACCAGGAAGGUAUUCAGCAAGUCUACAGUAUCAGUACACACGUGACCAGGGAGGAAUCCUCAAUGUCAAAGUUUACAAGUACAACAGACAUCGCCAUGGUAAUGGGUAAUUAAUUCAUGUGAGGAGAGGAGUUGGAUACAAACAUUCUUGGCUAUUAGCUGUGGAGGUGCACUGUACUUUGUUACCACGCAAUAGAUGGAGUGGUUGAUUAUUGACAUAUCUUUGGCGUAAGGAGACAUUUAUAAUUGGGUGCAGAAAUAAGCAAGAGAGACAGACACACAGAGAAAAGAGAAAGAGAGAGAGUCUGGG